GUGGAAGUGGGUCAAUCAUAAAUCUUAAUUAUCGCUGUAUCUCUAUGUCACAUAUUAAUUAAAGUAAAAGUGUUUGAAAUAUUAUAAAAAUAUUAAAUAAACUUUUAUUAGUGUCUCUAAUAGUUGACAAAGGACAUUUGGAUUUUUUUGCAAUACUUUUGACGAAUACGUCACAGCGCCAUGUUGUAUUCCUGCGCUGAUUGCAGGCACGAGAAAUCUGCCAACCCGUUUAUUUUUUGGGAUUAGAGCCCGAGAAUAAAUCGAACUGCGAUUUUGUACUCAAAUAUAUUUUAAUUUAUAUUUGUUGGCAAAUGUCAAACAACUUUAGUGAAAUCGAUGCAUCCCUGUUGUCGCAUUUCGAGUGCUAACUUCUAAUUUCAACUGCAGUUUUGUGCAUCCGCGAAAGUUGAAAGGACUGUGUUGUAAAAGAAAGAAGUGACAAUUAGCCAAAAUUCCGGUCCCUACGCGCAGACGAGAAGGUGCCUACCCGCCGGGGCAGUCGGGCGAAGGAGAUAUGAACAACAAACGAAAAAAUCGCCAAGGGCCGCCGAGAUCACCCCGAGGCCGUGUCGUGGCGGAGGGGGUAUACAACAACGCGCAUUUCAUGCACGCGGCCACCGCGCACGUCGGUGACACAGUGCAGGUGCUCACGCAGUCGGGCAACCUCUGGGAGGGUGUCUUCAAGACUUUCAGUGCUCAAUUUGAGGUUGUAUUAGAGGUGGCACACCGCGUCGACCAAGAGGGAGUGGUGGCAGUGGACUCUGUGGUGGAGAAGCUAAUCUUCAAGCCGCAGGAUGUAGUUUCCAUCCGGGCCAAGGACUCGGACCUGGAGUACGCCACGCACGACGUGUUCCAGACUGACAGCGCUAUAUCUAACAAGUUUAACGGUAACGGUCGGUCAGCAGAAGACAGACUCCUAGAGCCUUGGGACGGGUGCGAGGCCGAGGCCAGCGACACGCCCUCCCUCAACGGCGACGCGCGGCUCGACGACCUCGAGCUUGACCACCGCGCCAACGGCUGGGACGCCAACGACAUGUUCCGCAAGAACGAGGAGGUGUACGGCGUCCACAGCACGUACGACCACUCGCUCGCGGGCUACACGCUGCCGCUGCAGAGGAAGGACACACAGGACUAUAGGGACGCAGAAGCCAAAGCAGAAGAGAUAGCCGCAGAGAUAGAAAGCACGCCUUCGUACAAGGCUCGUAUAGAGCUCGAGAACGGCGACGAAGAAGAGCGGUUCGCGGCCGUCGUGAGGCCCGCCGCCGCAGUCGACUCCGGGAAGUACGUCAUACCCAACAAGAGAAAGAACAUGCAGACUGGUAAACUUGUGAAGCCAACGAAUAAUAACAGCGGGGGCGUGUCGCCCAGCGGGAUCGGUGCGAAGCCGCCGGUGUUCGCGCACGCGCCGCCCAAGGACAAGGACCACCGGCCACCGCGGCACCACCUCACGCCGCCCUCGGACAGGAGGCCGGAGGAGCAACCGUUGCAAAGCCCAGUAUCAACAAACGCGACCCCACCAGGCGUGCCCAACCCGGGUCAGCUGAACAACCCCAACAACCCCGGCGGCGCGGGGCCCGCCAGCGGGGGCAAGAGCUACGCGGCGCAGGCUGCCGGCUACCACUCGCCGCACGCGCCGCCCUUCCCGCACCACCCGCACCCGCACGCGCACGCGCAGCACGUACCGCACGCAGCGCACGUGCCGCACGCACAAGUGCCGAGUGGGAAACUCAACGGAGAGCCCCGGGUAGCACCAUUGCCGCGUCAGGGGUUUCCACCACACCAUCACCACAACCCCCCGCCAGGAGUGGAGCACGCGCGACCGCCGCGACAUCACGCGCCGCCGCCGGAGCCGCGCCGGCAGGACGAGGUUCAGGAACUACGCAAAUUCGGGCAGGAGUUCAAACUAGUAUCCUCGCCAGCGCCGUCAGCACCACCGCCACAGGCUCCGCCUCCUCAGCCGCAGCCGCAACUACAACCGCAACCGCAGCCGCAACCCCAACCACCCGUCGUCUCAAUGCCUCCUCCGCAGCAGACGUCCGGGACGUCGAGUCCGCCCGAAGUGUCCGCAAACGUGGGCGCGCCGUCGUCCCCGCCCAAGCGCGAGCGCGUGCACAAGCCGCACCCGCACCCGCACGCGCCGCACCUGCACGCGCAGCACCCGCACGUGCCGCACGAGCCCGCGCCGCAGCCCGCGCCCGUGCCGCUGUCUACGCCCGCACCGCCCCCGCCCACUGCACACCAUAAGCCACCUCCAGUACCAAAGCCCGAAGAGCCUCUCGCGGAGGAGCGCUCUCCCGCGUCGAGCUCCCCUCCCUCGUCCGCGUCGCCCGGCGUGGAGCGAGUGGUGGCCGUGACCCUCAAGAAGAGCACCCUCAACCCCAACGCGAAGGAGUUCAGCCCCAGCGCGAAACCCUUCACGCCCCGGAGCCCCACCACACCUAGUCACAGCAGGCCGCACACACCAGGCACGCCACAAGGCGUGGGCGGUGGCGGCGUUGGCGUGGGCGGAAUGGGCGUGGGCAUAGGCCUGGGCGGCGUCAACGUCAUGGGCGCCGGCGUCAGCUACGUGCCCGCGCCACCUCCGCCUCCACACAUGAUGACUGCUGUGCCGUACGCGAUGCUCACAGCAGCAGCGGCGGCCGCUCAACAGCCGCCCGCAUACUUACCUCAUCCCCACCCCAUGGAGGUGGGGUGCGAGUGCCGGCAGUACGCGCCGCCGUUCCUUGUGCUGGACAAGCGUGAGCGCGACGCGCUGUACGGCACGGCGAUGGGCGGCGGUGCAGGAGUGGCGGGGGGCGCGGGCCAGCACGCACCGAUGCAGGCGCAGCCACAGAGGAACUUCAGGAAAGAUCGCUCGUGGUCUGGCUCCGGAGUGCAAGUGGCGGCGGCGACGGGUCAACCCUUACUGGCGCCGGCACCGAUGCAGCCCUUCAUGCCGUACCCGCACCCGCACCCCGGACACCCUGCGCCACAACCCGCCAUCCAGUACCAGCACAUGGUGCGAAUGUACCACCAUGGCGGUGGCAUGGGCGGGGUCGGUGGGAUGGGCGUCGGCGUUGGCGGUGGCGUGGGCGUGGGAGGCGGAGUGGGCGUUGGCGUGGGGAGCGGUGUGGGCGAGUACGCGCCGCCCGCGCAGUCCCCCGCCGCGCCCUCACCCGCACUGUACCCACCACCCUCGCCCGCGCACACGCCGCACCCGCACCCCCAUCAGCACCCGCUCCCGCACCAUCACUACCAGCAACCACCUUUUCAGGUGCUGUGCCCACUGAUGGGCCCCGGCGGUGCUCACCACCACCACCACCACCCACACGUGGCGUACCUCAACCACGCGCCGCCCACUGCCAGCCCGCCACACCACCCACAUCCCGUACAGCAAGUGCUGUUGCCACCGCAACACGGAGCGGGUGGCGCCAGCACGCCGGGCGUCCACUCCUCGCACCCCUAACCCGCGCGUCGCCUCCGCGCCUUCCGCCGAUACUGAGCCGCGCGCCGCCAAGCGUCCCACACCCUGCAUUUAGAAUACACGUGCGUUGGGCGACAACAACACCCACAC